GCCGGGCUGGCUAUGUACUUUCCUAUAUCACUAGUUGGGGCGGCGGCCGUCCCCGUAUAAAGCGUCCCGACGCCGCGACGCUCCCCUCAUUCGUCUAGUUAGUUCUUUCAACGGCACUCAACAAUCUACGCAAGGUGGCGAGAUUCGAAUCACGGGUCAACCCCAUUGACAUGUCCAUUCCCAUGGCCACGAUGAGCAAUGGAAACGGGUCAACGGUACAGAUCAACACGCGGCCGGAUGAUAUUCAGAACCGCAUAAUCGGUGCAAACGAAAACUCGAUACCAGAUAAAAACACCUGUGGAAGUAUUCUGAUUGCGCUAUCCUGGGUGAUCGUGAUCCUGACGAUGCCGUUUUCCUUGUUCAUUUGCUUCAAGGUGGUGCAGGAAUACGAAAGGGCUGUGAUAUUUCGACUGGGACGACUUCUUUCCGGGGGCGCUAAAGGACCAGGGAUCUUUUUCAUAUUGCCUUGCGUGGACAAUUAUGCUCGCGUCGAUUUGCGAACACGAACGUACGACGUGCCGCCGCAAGAGGUAUUGACGAAAGAUAGCGUAACAGUGUCCGUCGACGCGGUGGUUUACUAUCGGGUGAACAACGCGACGAUCUCGAUCGCGAACGUGGAGAACGUUCACCAUAGCACCAGGUUAUUGGCACAGACUACGCUUCGAAACACCAUGGGUACCAGACCGCUUCACGAGAUACUCAGCGAGCGUGAAACGAUCUCCGGUAACAUGCAGGUCUCCCUGGACGAAGCGACCGACACAUGGGGAAUAAAAGUGGAGCGAGUGGAAAUCAAGGACGUGCGACUACCGGUUCAAUUACAAAGAGCUAUGGCUGCGGAGGCUGAAGCCGCUCGCGAGGCUCGCGCUAAGGUAAUAGCAGCGGAGGGUGAACAGAAAGCUAGCCGUGCAUUGAGAGAAGCCUCGGAGGUGAUCGGCGAUUCCCCUGCCGCGUUACAACUUCGUUACCUACAGACUCUCAACACUAUUUCUGCGGAGAAAAAUUCUACGAUCGUGUUCCCUCUGCCUAUCGAUUUACUGACGUACUUCAUCCAAGCGGGAAACGCGAAAGAAUCUUAAUCGCGAGAGAUGUUCUAUUAUUUAGAAACACAUCUGAAUCAUUCGACGCCCUGAUAAAGAAAACUAAACCAUCACUUUAGAUAGAGAAAAUUAUGGAUCAAGUAUCGUUAGAGUAUCUUGAUACAAUGGUGUCGCCAGUAUUUGAUCAGAUUCUCUUCUUAGCACGAUACAAUUAUUCGUUGGUUUAGUUUUUUUCAUUCAAUACAGUAAUGUCGAAGUAGAAUUAGUAUCAUUAAAUCGAAGAGAAAAUAUCACAACUAAUCACCUUUCUUUCUAAUCGAUCGCCGUUGAUACAAUUUUCGUAACAAUUUCAUCGAUGAUAAGACAUUUCGCACCGUUAUCGCACACUAACUGGCUGACCAAUUUUAUACGACGCACUAUAUUAUAUACUAUUAUGUAUAUAUAUAUACUUUUUAAACUUUCACUCGUAUUUUUAUAACUUGUUUGUUUAUUUUAAUUGUACCAUUUAUUACGGUACGCGAAUUGCAGCGUGCGAGGACAAUUUUUAAUAAUAAUGUAACGAUGAUAAUAGUUAUACUAAUAACGACGAUAAUAAUAGCACCGUCGACGAGUAUAAUUUACUCUGAUAAACGGAAACAAGUUACGUAUUGGCUAUUUGAUUAUAUUGAAUGUCGGUGUUAUAUUAAAUAUUAAAAUUAUGUAAAUUGUACGUACGACAGGGAUUUGAAGUAAAUUGUGGAAAGUUUUAAAGUAUUAGUUGUACAUAUAAAAUCAGUGUUGCAAGUUAAUGCACAGUGGUUCAUUGAUGAAAUUGAAAAGAAGAGAAAGAAACGUACGUACAAUGCAAGCUCAAUUUUAGCCUAUGUAUUUAUUAUAUGGCGAUAAAGAUUCGUUUCUUCGCCUACAAUCGUUUUCAACGGCCUGAAAGCUAGAUUCGGUCUAACAUCUGCAAUUUACCAUCUCAUCGUUGGAAACAAAGUAUCGAGACUAAACGAACUUAAGACGAAAGGGAUUUCGUUCAUUGAAAAAAAAGCGGAUAGGAUUUGAAACUGUGAAUUGAAUAUUUACCAGCCAGAUUCCGAUUACAGAACGGGUCCCACUUACACUGUUAUAUUCGUUUUCAGUUUUACCUUACAAAUUACAAUGACGAAAAACGACUGACCAACAGAAUUUCUACUUAUUAAAAGUAAACCUACCUCUGUGUUAAAUAACAUACAGGAUUAUCUUAGUGUUCGUGAUUUCGUGUUACCUAAUUCUAGCAUAUUUCAUGUGUUGUCCUGAAUCGUUAAAUCCACAGAUGCUGGUGAGUUAAUAAAGUAUGGAUGUAUUUGCAAAUGUGUUAACUAUGUGCUUCUGUUCACCUUUUCAUACAUCAUAACUUUGUGGUGCAAGGUUGUUGCACAUAGUUCAAACAGAAUCCUCUGUUUCCAACAUCGUUCGGUGCCUCGAUGCUAUCCGUAUGAAAAAUUAAUCUAAAUGGUUUCACUGUACCUGAAAAAUGAAUACAAGUUAGAUGGGAUCAUGUAUCACUGAGAAAUACAGGGCACAGUGUUCCUCGUUGUCAAGUACCUGGAUCAAUUAUUAGAACACUAUCAAAUAAUUGGAGCGAAGCUUUGCUAUUAAAUUACUGAUAGGGAUUUUUCCCUAUCAAUCGCCUCGCUCCAGUAUGUCAUUCACGAAGCUGAUGGCGGCCUAGUUAAUAAUUAUAACAAACUUACUGAUAACAGAAGACGCGUUCAAAUUUUGAUUCUCAGCGUUGAACGUACCCCCGCAAAAUCGAUCAACGCACAUCAUCAUGGAUGUCGGUAAUCUACCUGUAUUGAAUGAACAAGGAAUAGUUAACCAAUCGGUUUGGCAGGCUGCCCCUGUCAUUGAUGCAAUCUGUACACCUUGCGUGUUCCCUGUUAGCGUGAACGCACUGCUGCGUAUCAUUUGUGCUGGAGCAGCACCGUUAGACAUCAUCGCUUGACCUUAUCGCAAAACAAUGACCAAUAGUUAAAUACAUACUUUGAAACCCUAA